UGUCCUCACCUCCGCUCCCGGUUCCACACUCGGUCUCCAUGAGAGAACAGUAACGCGCGGCCCUCCAGGAUGGCCACCUCGGGUGCUGUUCAGGUGAAACUAGAACUCGGUCACCGUGCCCAAGUCCGGAAGAAACCCACAGUGGAAGGCUUCACCCACGACUGGAUGGUGUUUGUCCGAGGACCAGAGCAGAGCAACAUCCAGCACUUUGUGGAGAAGGUGGUUUUUCACCUGCACGAAAGCUUCCCUAAACCAAAAAGAGUGUGCAAGGAUCCACCGUACAAAUUGGAGGAGUCUGGAUACGCAGGCUUCAUACUGCCCAUUGAAGUUUACUUCAGAAACAAGGAAGAACCGAAGAAAGUUCGCUUCGACUACGACCUGUUUCUCCACCUGGACGGCCACCCGCCUGUCAAUCAUCUCCGUUGUGAGAAGCUCACCUUCAACAACCCAACGGAGGAGUUUCGUAAGAAGCUGCUUAAAGCCGGAGGGCAACGGGAUCCUCACAAACGAAGUUCAGAAGACUCAAAAGUGAUGGUAAUGCAGGAGGGCUCGACUUCUCUGUUCGGUCAGCACCUGAAGCUGCCUACACUUCCCAACAGCUCGCUGACAUCCACCUUCUCAGACCAAAAGAAGAGUAAAAGCUUCCUCGGGUCAAAGGAUGGCUCCAAAGGAAGUGAAGCUGCCCUUCUUACCACUGCCACAACCACCAGCACCAACAGCAGUAGCUUCUCCAAACUCUACAAACCCUCCAAGGACCACAAAGACAAGCCUCCAAAAGACUUAAAAGAUCCCAAAAGUGCCUUCAGAGACUCCGGCUGGGAACCCAGCAAAGCCCCCAAAGAACCUUCCAGGAAACCCAAAGAAAACCAGCCACUUAGGGAUAUCAAUCCUAAGAUAGGCUUCAAGGAACCCAAGUCUUUGUCAAAGGAGCAUCGGACUGAGGGUAUCACCCAUGGGUCAGGGAUAAACAAGCGUCUGUCCACCUCUGACGGUGAUGAUCAUCUGGCCAAAAAACGUAAAAAGGGAUUUGUUGAUUCCUCGGGGAAGCCGCUAUCAGGUUUAGACGUUCAACAUUCAGAUAGGAAACUACUGAAGGAUAGAUCACAAAUGCGAACAAGCAAAUUACGACCAGAAGUUGAUGAAGCUGAGCGCAAGAAGGUGUCAACGCUUCCUCCAUUCCAGCAACUAGUGGACCCCAAUGACUCUGAUAUGGAGGACCAGUCCAACAAAUCAGAUUCCGAACAGCCCAGUCCAGCCAGUUCCAGCUCCAGUUCAGGCUUUGCUCCCACCCACCACAAACGACAAGUGGUGGACUUAAUCAUCAGGAAAAGGGUGGCUAUUCCUGCCACCACCCACACAGUGUUGGGCCCGCUGCAGUCAGUGAUGCAGGAUCUGCACUCGGACGACAACGACGAGGAUUCAGAGGAUGAUGAUGAAAAUGACAUGGACUCUGAUAUGGAGCGAUUGGCACACACGCACCUCACCCACCACCAGCGCAGGGUCAGUUUAAGUGAUGGCAGUGAGAGUGACAGCUGCUCGCCCUCACCCCCCUCCCGCAACGAGGCCCCGCCCUUACUAAAGACUACUAAUAACCAGAUCCUGGAGGUGAAGAGUCCCAUCAAGCAGGGCAAACACGACAAGAACAAAAACCUUGACUGUGACAAGGCUUACCUGGAUGAGCUGGUGGAGCUGCACAAAAGACUGAUGACGCUAAGAGAAGGUCACAUACUGCAACAGAUUGUGAACCUGAUUGAAGAGACGGGACACUUUCACAUCACAAACACUACUUUUGACUUCGACCUUUGCUCUUUGGACAGAAGUACAGUAAGGAAGCUCCAGAGUUACCUGGAGACCUCCGGACUGUCCUGAGGCCCCGAGCAGCUGGCUGCUGGAUCUCUGUCUCCACAUAGACUUCUGACUUCCCUUGAAUAAACUCUUUCGAUGCAAUGCAAAAGCCCCACUGCGGCCCGGGUCCAGUUGCUGUGUGCGUCCGGCCUGCUGGUUGGACUGGGCUCUCUGAAUGAAGAGGUCGUCCCGCUGCAGAAACCAGAGCCAGGUGUGGUGGGGACGAGCCCUGUCGAUCAGGAGAUCACCCAGAAAGCCUUGAAAGCUUCACUUGAUCUCAAAGAAAAACCCAAGUGGGGAGUGGGGGCCGUGUUCUCUUAAUGAAUUUGCAUAUCGUUACCAUGUAUGUUUCUUGAUUUGUUGUACAUUGUGACAAACGCAUGGUCAACACUGCCUUACAAAAUUGUAAGUCUUAUUUAUUGAAUUUAAUUUGCAGGUGUGUGUGUAUUUGAAAUGGCAAAAAAAAAAAAAAAAAAAAGCAGCAGAAUGAGACUUUGUAAAAGCACUUCACAGCAGACACAUCACUACAGUAAUGUCACUGACCUGGAGUUUAAAUCAAAUCAAACUGAAUAAUGUUAAUAGGAACAAAAAGUGAUUCACUUUUCAAUUGAUAAAAAACGUAAUUGGUUUGUCCGACUCUAUUGGGAAACGAGCAAUCUGGUUUUUUUUUUGUGAAAGUUAUUGUAAAUCUGAAACACUAAAUACUGGUUUUGCAGGAAUGAAAAAAGAGGCAUGGCCAGUUUAGACUAGUCUUGGUCAAUUGCAAACACAUUUUUGACAAAGUGGCUUUGCUUUGUCAGGGACUUUGUCAAAGAACGGAGCAGCAAGACAAGAGGAGGAUGACAUAUUUGUGCUUGGAGAACAAGGUUGUUUUUGAGCGGCAAUCAAGGCCACACUGAACCCAUAACUACAAAUGUCUUUAAAGAUGUCGUCGACACAGAUUAUAUCACUGCCUACAUAACAUGUGAGAUGUGAUGAAUCACACAAAUUGGAGAGGACAGCACUCAUUUACAUUAAAUCUCUUUAAAGGUGGUUGUGAUGCUCCCCUCUGCUGUACACACAUCACACCACAAGCUAGUAUUUGCAUAAAUUGGGCAUAAUCGUCGGUUUAUGGAAUGGAUGCAACUCACCGAAAAGGUCCUGACAGAUGCAUUCAAGAUGCAUCCUGAGGGGAAGAUGUCUUACUGUUAAACAAAGAAAUAGGACAUGACAUAAAAAUACCACUCAGAGGCAAUAAUUUAGCACCUUUUUUGUGUUUCCUCUUAAGGAAAACUUGUUUCAAAGGAUGUAAUCUUAUCACUGAAUUAAGUUCCUUGCAAUUCGAUCAGUGCAUAUAUCUGCAUUAAUUCAGCAUCCAUAAAACAAUCCAAAUGACUGCGAAACCACUCACCUUUUCUUGAAGCAGUUUUUUACUGAUUUGACGCUGUACAGAUCGAGAUGUGAGCGGCAGCUGCUGGAACGAGCUGAGCACAAAUCCCUGAGGAGGACGUGUUCAUCACAUCUUUCUGCUCCUGCAGCUUCAAGAGAGCAGAGCCAAUGGAACGCGCCAAAACCACAGUUAACGGAUUCACUCGGUUUAAGUUUGGACCAACAUUUGUCUACAGAAUAUCAUCUCUUUGCCAUUGGGAGGAAAAAGGAUUCAUAGCACAUACAUCAGAGGAAAGGGAGGACUAACUCCCUUUAAGAUCACUGCAGAGAAAAGAAACUCCUGCGUUCUGCAUUUCUGAAAUGUGUGAUGAAAUUAUUUGGCUAAAUCUCAUGGGUUACGGGGGAGGCAGUGGGAAUUUUUGGACUGACAGGUAAUGUUACGGGUGAAAAAAAAGUCAGAUCUUUUAUUUAUUUUGUUGGAGCUUGAGUUGUUAAAUCAGAGCUCAGCGUUCAUUUUUUUCCGAGAAGAAAGCCUUUGUUGGAUUUUAAACUGAGGACACACGUUUGCCAGUCUGAUAAACUGAAGUUCAGAAUGACAAACUGCUCCGGUCCUUUCCAAAUCACCUUAAAGGGGUUUAGCUUUCCCUGCGAUCUGUCUUAUGGUUUCUUGUGUAUUUU